CAGUAUUAUAGGAACGACUCCAUCUUGUGAACUGGUCCACUAGAGUCAGAUAGUGGCGUCUCCGUAACGUUAUGGACCUUCAAGGAUUUACUACAUUAGAUGAAGUUGGAGCAGAUGAUCCACAAGUAAGACAUCAGGAGAACAAUUUUAAACCAACAACAGCUGCAGAGGAAAUUGAUUACUUGAAUAAAAUUCUUGCGGAUAUUGAGAAAAGUAAUGGGAGUGAUAUUAACAGUAACAGAAAGAAGACUGGGUGUGACAGUGACAUUGAAGGACAAAACUUGGGAGGCAAUAACUGCUUUGAGCUAAAUUCUGAGAACAAUGGUGACACUGGACAAAAACCAUUCAGUGCUCAUAGUAACGGUGGAGAAAACAUUAUCGGUGAAAAGGACACAGAAGGGCAGAACUAUGAGAGUGAUGAUGAAAAGAAACAUUUCUCCAAAGUGCAAAAAUAUAUUAUGCAAGAUUCUGACUUGUCCUGUGUAGAUGAUGUCGUGACUCAAGCUGGUGAUGAUGAGCACACCCCAGUGCUUAAUGUGGACAGUGGCCAUGUACUAAGUGGAGUUAGCACUGAACCCAACCUUGUAGCUUUAAGUCCUAUUCCAGAGUUAGAUUUUAGUUGUCAGAGUCAUCCAGGCCUAGAUGUUGAUCUGGAAGAUGAUUUAGGAGAUUGUAAUCUUGAAGCCAUCAGUUUGGCAGCACUAAAUGAGGCUGGGAGCUCAGAGCUAAGCCCCAUUACAACUGAUGCCACCUUAGUUUCAGUUAUUUCCUUAGUUGAUUGUUCAGCGGGGCUUGAGUCGCGACAUUAUUCAACGGGGGACACUUCAAAUAGUUAUCUUUCAGGUGAGGAUGUUUCAGGGUUAACUUGUGGGAAUCCAGUUAAUUCAGACGAGUUAACUUUCCAUAAUAUUGUUCUUGGAAAUAUUAGCAAUGAACUUGCUAACUCCCAGGAACCAGGUCAAGUAGUUGAGGAUAAGGAAUCAAAUUUAAACCAAACACACGUUGAUCUUUCCUUGGUGAAAUUAGAACCCGUUGAUGCCGAUCCCGGAGAGGAAUUUGAAUGUUCUGGUUUCUUCAAUGACCCGGCUGAAGACUUCAAGGUAAAGGAGGAAUCUAAGGUUAAGGAAGAACCUCCAGAUUUUCCCCUAACACCAACAAUGGACAAGGCAGAUAUUAAUUUGUUUCCUGUUAAGAUAUGCAAGAGUGAAGGUCAACUCUCAGAUGAACCCGAUGUAGAAGUUCCCAGUGUGAGGUACCUGGUGGAGGAGGACAAGUAUUACAGCCGGGAACAGAUCACGGCAGCUCUCAUUAUCUCCCAGUCUUCUCUUGCUCCCGUUAUCAACAUGGAUAUGUUUCCCGACGAAGGCAAGACUAGGCUGACGCUGAAUCUAAUUUGCCUUGAAGAUAUGAUUCAUAAACCUAGUCAUGUUGUUUUUGAAGAUGUUGAGAUUAUUAAGUUAUUUGCUAUGAAAUAUGGAAGCUCAUAUUGUGAGUGGAAGAAUGUGUUUAAAUAUAAGUCGCCGUCCACAAGAUGUAUGGGACCCAGGAAGAGAGGUGGUAAGAAAGACGGUAAAGAUUCUGCCCCGAGGAAAACUGUGUCUGCCAAAGGAAAGAAAAAGAAAGUAGGUCCUAAAACGUGUCGGUCACCCACAACAAAAUCCUUAAAAUGCGAGGUGGGGACCAAUGACUCCUCCGAUGAUAAGAAAGCCGUGAAACUUACACCAGCGUCCACUAAAUGUCCUGUUGGAAGGAAGAGAAAAACCAAAAAAGGUCAGCAGGGUCAUGAAUCGCCCGGCAAACUUGCAGUGAAGGGCGAGGCGAGUCUCGUCAGUGGGACUUCAGGUGACGUUAAGACUGAAGAGACGACGGAAGAGGGUGAUAACUCUCAGGCGUCAUCUAUAGGGUCUGACGCUGCGGCCGACAUGAAAGAGAACGAACAGCCCGAUGAUAAACCAAUUAAAAAGACACCACAGAAGAGGAGGAGAGGCAAACAGUAUGAGAUUUUACCCAAUGAAGGAAAUUUUUUAAAAGUUGAGACCAAACCUAACAUCAAGAACUCCUCUGAAAUAAGUUGUCUACAGUUGAGCAAUACUUGUGAAGGCGGUAUUAGUAGCAGCAGCAGCAUCUUGGACUCUGUCAAGACCGGAGAAAAUAAAUUGGACAUUAAUUCGGAGGGUACAGCAACAGUGCCAGAUGUAGAUGUGAAAGUUGAACCUUCUGUGUUAAAGAAAACCACUAAUAAAAGGAAAUUAGGACGAUUAAAGCAGCCUAAACCGGAAGAAGCAUUAACGCUGAACACCAAACCCUGUUGUGUCCAUUUGGAGGAUAUAGCCAAGGACACCAAGUACAAGGAAAUAGUUCAAAUGUGUUUAAGGUUAAUAUGUAAAGAAAUGACAGCUUUAACGUCCUCCGAAAGUGAGGAAGGAAUCAAGGUUGGCAUCCUCCCGGACGCCGACGGUAGAGACGAGGAUGUUCCGCAGGCGCCGACCUUGCCGGAAUCCGAGACCCUUUUUGAGGAAGAAAAUGGAGAUGCAACGCAGAAUUCCAAUUGCUCGUUAGACGUUUUUGUAAACAAGGAUGAAUCGGGGGAUGGAGGUGAUGACGAUAGGCCAGUGGAGGGAGUAAAAGAGGAAGAUGGGUCAGUAGAGGCAGUAAAAGAGGAAGACGGGUCAGUAGAGGCAGAGAAAGAUGAAGAUGGGUCAGUGGAGGUGAACAUUGGAGAUAGACUGGUGGAUGUAGGUACUGGUGACGAGAUGGCCGACGCGGAGAGCGAGGACAACCAAGCGAACACGGAAGGCGAGAACUCGUGCUACGAGGAGGAAGGCAAUGAAUCAGAGACAGUUGAGGUAGAUGAGAAAGCGGUGAAGCGUAGAAGGGAGGAGGAGAAGUUGGGCAGCGGGGGAAAGUGUCUCGGAAAGGGUGAAAUAGAAUUAGCCAAGGAAGAUAACACUGACGUGGAAAGAAGAGACAGGAAAAGAUCGAGACACGCACAGCCCAGGUCAGAAUUGCGGGAUUUUAGGAGUAGGGAAGACUUGAUGAAAAAAAACAAUAAGAGAGAAAAGCGGGAGAAGUUCGUUGACAGUAAGAGUCAGGGUCGUUUAAAAUUCGAGAGGAGGACGAGAGAGAAGGAGAGGAAGUUUCAAGAGUUUAAGCUGAAGAGGCCAAUUUCUGUUCAGCAAGAAGUUACAAGAGGCGAGAUGAAGGAGAAUAAUUUGACCAGCAAGGAAGUUAUAUCUGCUACUACUACUGUCACCUGCAGCUCUCUACCCUCCAUCACCACAUUCAAGAUACCAAAGAAGAAAGAUGCUAAUGUCAGAAGACCUAAAGUCGAACAACACAGCUCUGUUUUGUCAAAGAGGGAAGAAUUGCUCGUGUCAAAAAGGUCUUGUGGUUACGCAUCAAAUAAGAAUGUGGAUGCCGAGUCCAGAAAUUCAAGAUAUAGAAGAGAAUGGAAUGCUGACAGAAGAGACGGCAGAAGUCAAAACAAACACGUCGAACCCGUCUGUCAGCCGAAGCCACAAGUAAUCGAGGGAUGGGCCAAGAAAAACUCACUCCAGAUGACGGGACGGGACGCGAGAAUGAACAUCAGUCCCGUCAGUUACGUUAAUGAUAACCUGGGCUCCGGGCAUAACCUGCAGAAGCAUAUACCGUUACUAGAAAGAGGAGAGAAGAGAGUGCCGCCACCUCAAGGACUCUCCCCUUCUGUGUCGGAUAGAUGGGGGAUGAUGCCGCCUCAUAACACUGCAGCUGAAGAUAAAGGAAGGGAACCGAGCGCUACGUGCGAGAGCCCCAUGUCCGACAACCAGAGGUCCUAUUUUAAGUCAUUAUCUGCACCCCCACCUCCGGUAGUUGAUAACUGGGGCCUCAAACUCCAUACUAUUGACGUGGCGGAUGAUACUUCAUAUGCCGGUGACGUUAGUCCUGUGGAUUCGGUUUGUAGCCACGUCGACACGGAGGAUGGAACAACGGCGGCAGAUCCAGCGGAGAAAGAAGUCGAGGGUAAUAACGAGAGAGAGAGCGUAACCGAAAUCAAAAUGAAUAAACCUGAAAGUGAGAGUACACAGAUUAGUGAAUCUAAAGACAACAGCGAAGCCGUCUCGGAACCUGUAACGAAGGAGACAAGCAAGAAGAAACCAAUUGAGUGCAGCAACGUGGGAGAACGCUACGGCCACCUAGACAGGAAGCAGAAAUUGAGGCUUUACGAGAAGAUGAAGAGGUGUUAUUACGAGGCUAAGAAGAGAUACCAUGAGGAGAGGGGCGAGAGGAAGAGAGCGUGGUAUACGGAGUACGAGAGAAGGAAGAGAGAGUUUUACAAUCUGAAAAUAUAUUUGUACCAAGAGAAGAAAAAGGAACAUGAAGCCAAGAAAAAGAUGCUCAAGGAAAAUAAGCUGAAGAAUCUAACCCAUACCAAGGAGACCCCAAAAGAAACCGCCAGAUCAUGGUCGGUAUUCGAUAACGCUCAGGACAGCGUAGAUGAAGAUGCAGACGAUAACGACCAUUCAGCGGAACAUGACGAAGAGACACCGUAUUCUCCCACGGGUUCGCCCAUAUUGGCUCUUGCGGAUACAGAUAUUGCAGAAAAAUUGAUAGACACCAGAGGGUCGUUCAUUAAAUCCGGUUCUGGGGGUAAAGACCCACCUAAAGUGGCCGCACUUAAUGCCGUAACAUCUCUCGAUACUAAAGACUUUAAGCUCAUUGUUAUGUCUGCUUUAAAUUCAUAUAACGAUGGUUUAGUUCCUGAAGCAAGCAAUAAAACCUCAAGUGCCAGUGUUGUACCAAAAUCCAUUUGUCAAGAUGGUAAAUCACAUGUUUCUACCCCAGAGCCUGGUUCAACUCUUGGCCAGUCUUCUGUACCAGUGUCAUCGUCAAUAGAAUCGUCUUCGCGUGUUCCUCUUCUUUCAACGGUUUCAUCGCCGUUGGAAAUUUCGCCACGUGUUCCACCUCUGCUAACGGCGUCGUCGUCAAUUCCCAUACCGCCCGUGACACUAGACCCACCCCCACUGUCCGUUCCACCAUCCCCACUGUCUGUUCCACCACCCCCACUGUCUGUUCCAUCAUCCCCACUGUCUGUUCCACAACCACCAUUACCAUGUUCUUCUCAACCUCACGACACAUCAUCAUCGUCCGUUUCACUCGCACAGUCAGAGGUGUCCCGAGAAUCUGUUACUUCUAAGUUUUCGAGCGGCUCUUUGUUACUUGCCCCACCUCCACAGCCAAUACCUUCUCCUGUGGCAGCUCCAUCACCUUUUCUUCCUUGUGCAUUAGUCAGUAGUAUAUAUAAACCACCAAUUCCUUGUCCACCUCCAAAUGAACCCUCACCACCACUGCCCUCUGUAGUUAAAGGUAAUCAAGUACCACCCUUGCCACAUGAGCUUAUCCCACCUCCCCGACCACCUAGUAAGCUGUUUGAGUUUGUUGGACGCCACAGUGCGCCGCACGUAACAAGACAGGACUACACGUUAGAUGAUAUCGAGGAAGUGCCUAUGGAUAUCGAGUCAGAUAGCGAGGCGUCUGUCGGUGACGAUGAUGAUGACGACGACGACGAUGAUGAUGAUGGCAAAUAUCUCGCGACAUUUGGUGUGUUUUUGGAUGGGUCGUCAUCAGAGACCGGUCAUGAAGACUAUGAUUCUCUCGAGUUGAAGAGUGAGAAUUUACACAAGCUCGUAUGUAAGUUGAUGGGGACGUCAAAGAAAGAAGAAUCGAGCUUUGGUAUUCAUCGAUAUCAAGAGAUACAAAACUCAAGUGGAAAUACCCCAGUCACUGUGGAUGGGCGAGAUAGUCAUCCUGCAACACCUGGUACCCUUCCUGCAACACCUGGUACCCUUCCUGCUACACCUGGUACCCUUCCUGCUACACCUGGUACCCUUCCUGCAACACCUGGUACCCUUCCUGCAACACCUGGUACCCUUCCUGCAACACCUGGUGCACUUUCUGCAACACCUGGUACCUUUCUUGGAACACCUGGUACACUCUCUGCAACACCUGGCCCAUCAAGUAAUGCAAAACUUGAUGGCAGAACAGAGGAUGCAAGUGAUGUGAAAGCUAUAUCUCCCAAAGAGACUCCAAAGAAACUAUUUUGUGUGGACGAAAUUCUGAUGUCCGUCGAGGCAGCUGAUCAGAAAUCCGAGCUAGAAGUUGUUUACUCAGAUGUCCGAGAAAGAUUCGCAGGGACCAAGAAGAUUAUGGAUGAAGUACCAAAGUACUACCAAAAGGUGCCAUUGGCUCAAGCAGUGGUGGAUAAAUGCAAAGAUAUACCACUUGUGGGUCUUCAGUAUGUGUUGGAGGUGAGGAAGGAUGUAGACAUGACCCUGGAUGGCUGUUAUUACAUCUGUGCCGUGUGCAGCAAGAAGAUGAACGCGCACACGCUUAUCGCCCACGUCAAGAGUGUGCCGCACAGGCUAAAGUUCUCGGAAACCCAUUGUAGAGACAUCUUCGAGAAAUACGGUACCUACAGCCUGAAGCAAUGGACUGCAACCCUCGUCAAAGAGUUCACUGUGGCACUGAGUGAGGUUGAAGUCAAGAUGGGUCGGCAUAAACUGGCAGUGGCUUAUGAGAGAGACAUUUCCUCCGUCUUGGCGUCCCUCAAGCAGAAGAUUAACGAAUUUGGUCAACUUAGUGAGCCAAAAAAGAAGAAUGGAGAAGAAAGGGAGAGCGAGUCCGUAAGCCUGACGUCAUCCACUCUUGACGCUAAGUUGCCCCCAGAGACUAUUCCACUCCCCCCAUUCAACAACACUACCAAGGAUGAAACACCAUUGACAAAGGAGACUUCUCCAACACCUGAUCUCCCAGAAGAAGAUCAGGACAGCAGCGCCAAGCCAGAGGCAAUUGACCUGGUAAACGACGACGUGGAGAUAAUUGAAGUUAAGAAAACAGAGGGGAAAUUCUCAACGACUGGUCAAGGCUACAGGAAGAGGAACUAUCGACCUGGGCCCAACUCCGGACACAAGAGCAGUUCACGGUCUCCCUCCAGGUCAGUGUCGCCCUCUGGGAAGGCCCGCACUGGAUCACCGUCACCGAAGAGGAGGAGAGGGUCCCAUUCACCCUAUAACAAGCAGGCGAAGCGAGGCACGGAUCAAGGCAAGUCCUCCCGCAGCGGCACCAGGAAGAGAAGACACUCGAGAUCGCCGACUCCUCCACCCGGCCAUCACCCGGACUCACAGUCGAGGAGCUCACACAGUCGCCACGGACCUCGUAGACGAUCUCGGUCUAGACACAGAUCGCCAAGGUCGCCCAUUAGAAGGAAGGAUAGAUCGACCCAGCGCAGCAGCCACUCUUCAAGGAAAAGGGACUCUCCAGAUGACCGCAGCAGACGUAUUACGGAGAGAAAGUUACAGGAGUUUAGAGCAGCCGAAGCAAGAAUCAGGGCCCAGCGCAUAAACAAAGAGAUAGCUUAUGAGAAGAAUCCCGAGAGUUAUCCCGACUACAAUCACGAGUGGAAGAGGUUCUGGGAGCGUCGGUGCUUUGAACUGGAAGCACAAGGCAUAGAUCCAUUUCAGUAUGAUUUUAAAAGUGAAUGGGCUGACUAUUGGCGUAAGCGUAUCAAGGAUCUGACGGCCAGUCGUUUUAAAUCGAGUAGGGAUGCACUUUUGCAGAGGAUGAAUAUGGAUGAUCCUGAUUUGAUUUUGAAGGAAGAUAUUGACAAUAAGAAAGCCAGCGAUAAAGGAUCAAAUUCAAAGUGGAAUACCGAAAACCCAAAAGGGGAAGUAGUCAGUCGCAUAGACAGAUCCCCGAGUCCUUGGGAACAGGAGGGUGUUGUUGGUUCCACUGCUAAAAAUCCUUCACCACCCAAGAAUAUAGAGUCGAGUGACAUUGAACCGGCCAAAAGUUAUGAGGAAGAAUUUUCAGUUAUAGGGACUUUAAAGAUUCUUAAUGAAUUAGAAGACCAACUUGGUUCUUUUGGUCCUGCUAUUACUAUUCUUCUGGAGAAGGCUAUUGAAUGCAAAAAAAAAAGUGGGAAUGCAAUGGAGCUAUUUAAUGAUCCCGAUAACUUGGUUCUGGUACGUUAUGCAAGAGAGAAGUUGUCGUCGCAGGUUUCAGCGGGAAUUUUAGGAGUUUCCGCAUUAGUUCGCACUCAAAUGGCUGUUGAAAGAGCAAUGUGGGUUCAGUCAGAAGCUGAAAAACUAUCCAACAAGGAGAAGUACCUUGGCUUAGAUAUUGCCAGCAUUGCUAGAGCAACAUUGGGCAAAGAUAAAAUACAAAUUGCCCAAUUUAUUGCCCAACAUUUAUUACAAGUCGGUAAUUCUAAUGCAAGUGAAGAAGAUUUGCAGAACAUUUUGAUUGCUGUUUCAGCUGCUCAUUCUAAGAUUAUAAUAGAUCAAGCAACAAAACAAGCACAGAGUAGAACUAAUGGUGUAGAGGCUACAGCAGACUCAACCCAGAGCUCACAUCCAGUUAGUCCUUCAAAGGAAAUUCCACAGAGAACAUCCUCUACUUCCUCUGAAGCAUCUCGAACACCUCAACCACUGUUCCCAUCUGCCACUCAUAGUAGUGUUAGUAAGUCACCCCCUUCUGUAGGUGCUGGCUUGUCCCUCCUACAAACAGCAUAUGAAGAGGACGCUGUAAAGGAUAUGGGAAAAUUAUCAUUGGAAGACUUGCAAUCGCUUUUGGCAAACUUCCGCUCUUUAGUGCCAGAGGAGCAACAUGCUCUCACUGCUUAUUUGAAAAAACUGGAAGCAACUGACAGUAAGAAAGUAAUGAAGUUACGAGCAGAAAUGCAGAAGAAUGCAAAAAAUUCAUUGAAGAAAACACUGAUCACGUCAAAGACUGUCAGUCUUCAGAAGCUGUCAAUGAAGUUAACUAAAGAUUUAGCAGUUAAAAACAAUGUACAAAACCCCAGCACCAACAUUUCAGCAAGUCAGCCACCUAUUGGAGCCUCUCCACAAACAAGUCAGCAACCUGCUGGAACUUCAACACCACAGCCAAGUCAGCAACCUGCUGGAGCCUCAACGCCACAGCCAAGUCAGCAACCUGUUGGAGCCUCGACACCACAGCCAAGUCAGCGACCUGCUGGAGCCUCGACACCACAGCCAAGUCAGCAACCUAUUGGAGCCUCAACACCACAGCCAAGUCAACAACCUGUUAGAGCCUCUCCACAGUUAAUUCAGCAACCUGCUGGAGCCUCAACACCACAGCCAAAUCAACAACCUGCUGGAACCUAUUCACCACAGCCAAAUCAACAACCAACUGGAACUUGUCCUCCACAGCUAAAUCAACCUCCCAGAGCUUUUCCACCAAACCCAUGUCCGCAAUUUGCUGGAGGCUACCCACCACAGCUAAGUCAAUACCCUCGCUCACAGCUGGGUCAACAGCCUGGUCACACACAGCCACAGACAAAUCAGCAACCUCCUCGGGCAUUUCCACCACGGCCAAUGAAUUUAGGGAGUGUAAAUGCACCAGAUUUAUAUAAGCAAUCACUAAUUAAAGGUUUCAGAGAAAAUCAGUCAGUAGAACCUGCAAAUCAGGAACCAUUUGGCUAUCAUGGAAGAUCACAGUCUCCACGCAGCUUUCAAGGAAGAUCACAAUCUCCGCACAAUUUUCAAGGAAGAACACGAUCUCCACAAAAUUUUCAAGGAAGAUCAAAGUCUCCACUUAGUCUUACCGAAGCGCUUAAAGAAUUUACGUGUCCAGAUGAUCGUCAGAACACUAAUUCCAUCACCAACGUGCCCUUUGGUAACAGGGAACAGAGUUACCUUGGGCCUGAAAGGCCAUUCAUGGACAGGGAUUAUUCAUUAAAGAAUUACAGAGAGUUUGGAGGCCAAGAAUAUAGAAGUAAUGAUUACAGUAAACCAUUUGAGCAAGGUGCAUAUGAGAGGCACAAUACACCUGGUGGUUCACAAGGCUUUGACAGGCCGGGGAACAUGGGCAGGCAAGACUACAGUGCAGAUUAUGACAGAACUUUCCCACCUCAAGGGGGUCCAUUUACCAAUAAUCCUGCUCGACAAUAUGAAGAUGAAAUUUAUGAUGACCAACCUAAGUCUAACUAUGGACCACCUCUGCAGUUUCAUUCAAGGGGGUUUAAAAAUUCUUUCAGAGGGAGACCGCCUAUGAGAGGACGCCCUGGGGGCCAACCGCACUAUGAUCAGUCUUGGUAAUUCUAGAUGCUAUUUUGAAUCUACAUUUCAUAGAUUUUAUAUACAAUACAUACUGUACCAAGCAAUUUUACAGAAGGUAAUUGUAUUAAAUGGUUAUGUGUGGAAUAUAAGAGUUUGUUUGUUAAACCAAUACAGUAAUUCACUUUUGGUUAUUUUUUUAAAGUGACACUUGCCAAAUAUUUAGGACCAGACGUUAAACAAAAAAGGUAUUUGGUUUAUGUACAGGUGUAUGCAAUUGUAAUUUUGAUUGAUAAAAUGUAAAUAAUGUGCAACAUAUGGAGUUAAGAAAAAUUAUAAAUUUAUGUAAAGUUACACACUUUACUGUAUCAUAAGACUAGAUUCCAUUUAUAUUCAUUGUUAUAAGACAAAAGAUAUGUUAUGUGAUGUAUCAUAAAUGCUUUUUUAGUAAAAGUGAAUUUUGA